AUGCAGAGGUCUGUGGCUGAAGACAUGGCACUUUAUAUUGCCAGGCAAGAAGAGUCUACUGUGCGCAGGAUCGGAGGCACUUUGGAAAUGCUGAUUGCAGAUACUGAGAGCAGGAUCAGGAGCACUCUUGGGAAUGCAGAAGACAAUGCCAAUGAUUUUGGUCCUGACUUGGCAUGGUCACUGCAGAGAGCCUGGCAAUACCCUAUUAACGCACCACAAACUGUCAGCAGUUUGUACCAGAUAGCUCUAGCUAUUAUGAGCGUAUGUGAAGGCAUAUGGGCCAUUCCUCUCCUAAGGCCGAAGCCCUCAGACCCUAAAGCAGAAUUUGACAGCAUUCUUAACAUGGCCAAGCAUCUACUAAUUGACACCAAGCAUCUAUACGCAAACUUUAAAUCCAAGUACCCUUAUGAAGGCGAGCAUAAACUGGAGAGUUUACCCGUGCUGUCUAUAAAUGCAGUGGAAUUGUCUACUAUUCAGGUUCCUGCCGGCCUUACAAAGCUCAGCUCCGAACUCUUCAUUUAUCAGAAGCAUUUUGAUUGGCUGAAGAAAGCUGCACACGUUGUCCGUCCUUUGGAUCAUGAGUUUACCAGCAUUCAUAAUCGUAUUGACAAGCUGGUGAAAAAAGUGGACUUUUUGAUGACAAAGUUGAACAUUGCACGUGUCAGUGACACACCGCUGCCACAGCUUCCUAACUCAACCACCCAAUGGGGAGUAGUGCAAACCGGCCACGCUAUCUUCCACCACUUUCAUCUGUUCUUGGACUACGCCACACGUGUCCUGGUUUUGAUGAGAAACAAGUUGUGA